CCUGCAGCUCUGUACUUUGCACGUUGCUUGCACUUAGUUCGCUGUGUUUGAUCGAUAGAGCUGUGUCUUUAUAUUCUACAACUUCGAUUUAUGAGCAAUACAAAUGUCGAACUUUGAAAUCUUUUGAAAAACGAAUACAAAUGCAUGGAAAGUUUUGUUUUUGGGCAGAUAAAAUUUCAGUACUUCGUAUGAAAGUUGCCAAGAUCAUCGGCAUUUAAUCGCGUAACUCUUGAUUCUGUUGGUAGACAGUUUGAAAUUGAUGAAAACAUCAGUUUGGUUUACAAGCAAAAAGUCAUUCUUUUGAGUGGAUUAGAAAUAGUUUUUCAGUUGCAAUAAGCUAAUAAAAAAAAGCAAGUUUUCCGCUAGAGAGAAGCUAUAGCACAUCAUGUCUUCGAUUGAAUCAAAACGCGUGCAGUAUCGCAAGUACUUGGAGCGCGCCGGCGUCAUUGAUGCACUCAGUAAGGCGUUAAUCAAACUCUACGAAGAGCAGAAUAAACCAGAUGAUGCUAUACGCUUUGUACGCAAAUUCAUGUGCGAAUCCUGUCCGGACGAUGAGCAAUUCGAUAUGAUGAAGUCUGAUCUUGAAGAGGCCAAUAAGACUAUUGCACGCUUAGAGCAGGAGCUGGAACGUUUGCGCAGCCAAAUCAAGAAAACACCCGAAGAGAUUGCCGAACUAUUGGAAGAGGGUUUCAAGAGCCUUACGGAGGAUGAAGAGUAUAAUAAUUCGCUAUUGCGCAAAUAUUUGACGCGUGAAGUUCUGGAUGAGUAUUUGAUGACCACAACUGCGCCGCCCACUGAGGCUAACCUCUACGAUUGCAUACAAUCGGGCGCCAUACAUCACAACUCCAGCUGUGGCGUUUAUGCAGCCGAUGCCGAUUCCUAUGAUGUUUUCAAUAAGCUCUUCGAUCCGAUCAUUAGAGACUAUCACGGCCAAUUGGAAAAUGAGAGUGAUAUUUUACAAAAGGACAACGAUUGGGGCAACGUCGAUGAAAUCGAAAAUUUGGAUCCGGAACGCAAGUAUAUACUCUCGACAAGAAUUCGUAUUGCGCGUAAUCUUGAAGGUUAUCCAUACUUUCCCAAAUUACGUGAGAAACAAUAUCUCGAAAUUGAGGAAAAAGUGCGUGCUGCAGCCGAGAGCUUGGAUGGUGAACACACGGGCGCCUACUUUAGCAUGGUCGAUUUAGAGCCAGAGAUUCAACAUGAAAUGGUCGCACGUCAUAUACUUUUCAAACGUGGCGAUGAGUUUUUAACCACAGCGGGCUGUUAUCGCUUCUGGCCCACCGGUCGCGGUAUAUUUCAUAAUCCAGCUGAAACUUUCUUAAUUUGGGUGAAUGAAGAGGAUCAUUUGCGUAUCAUUUCAAUGGCUAAGUGCGGUGAUUUAGGUGAUGUCUACAAUCGGUUAGUUGCUGGCUUAACCGAAUUGGAGAAGUCAUUGCAGUUUGCACGUCACCCUCGUUAUGGCAACUUGACCGCUUGCCCCACCAAUCUUGGGACAACGCUACGCGCAUCAGUCCAUAUACGUUUGCCACUGCUGUCGCAACAGGGUGACAAACUCAAGGCAAUGGCUGAAGAGUUGAAUUUGCAGAUACGCGGCACUGGUGGUGAACAUACCCAGAUAGAAGAUGGUGUUAUGGAUAUUUCGAAUAGACGUCGCUUGGGUUUCACCGAAUUCGAGUUGGUUAAGUCACUGCAAGAGGGUAUAGUUGCAUUGAUAUCUGCCGAAGAGGAGCUAGAAGCUGGUGGUGGUGAAGAUUAAGGACGCCAGCAAGUGGAGUAAUCGAAGUGCGAGGGAACAAUUAAAACGUAGUAAAAAUUUUAAAUUUCUUAUAACGUAUAAAUAGUUUCAUGUUUUUACACAAUAUUCCUGUUAACGUUUUUACGAUCUCCCGUUUGCGGAGUUGAUAAACUUUAAAAUUACUUGUUUCGCGAA